AUGAAAAUUUGUAUUAUUGAAAGAUUUGAAGUCUCCGCAAACGACAUUCCCGAAGACGUAUUUAGAGCUCAUAUUGAUGAAUUAUGGUCAUUAUAUCUAUCUGGAUUUAUAAGGGAAGCAUAUAAAUUUUCAGAUGAUCGAGGUGCACUUUAUAUUGUAGAAGCGAAUAAUUUGAAUGAAGCAAAAGCCGUGCAUCUUCCACUGGCAAUUGAUGCUCUUUGUACAUAUCAAUUUAUAACACUAGGCCCAUACAGAACUUGGGAGAAACUUUUUCAAACAAAUAAUGAAGAAAUAUGGAAAAAACUAAAUACACCAGCUGAAAGACUCACUUAUGGAUGUGAAUUAAAAUAUUUCUGGAUGAUUGCUACGUUUAAUUCCAAUUUCACUCAGGAAAAAUAUCAAAACAGUGUCGUUGAGCAGGCGAUAGAAACUUUUAGAGCUUAUAAGGCAGGCAUUUAUGACGAAUUUUAUGUGAUGCAGCGUCCUUUAAUUGUUACAAUAAGAGUGCUCGCUAAAGAUAUUCAAGAAGCGACUAUAUAUAUCCAAAAAAUGCCUUUUGCAAUUCAAGCCGAUCAAUUUCGUCUAAAAUCGAUCUAUCGAGAUUCAUCAAAACUGAUCAUCAAUGAUUUCUUGAGUUAUGUAAAAACGACGCGUUUCUCUACUCUUUCCCAGGAGACAAGAGAGAGACUUCAUUCUCAAUAUACAAAUUAUCUCGCAAGUCUCAAAGAAAUUUAUGAGAUCAUGUAUGAUCGCUUAUCCGCUACAAAGAAGACGGAGUUCAACGAUUUGUUUAUCCCUCCAUUUCCGAGGCCUUCAAAAGCGGUGACAUUGAUUGCUAGUAAUUAUGACUUGAUCGCGCGAAGAAUUACUGUGCCAAAUCUUCAGCAAGUUGUUAUUAAUUUCAUGAGAAAUUUUGAGCCACUUGGGACGGAGAGGGUUGAUGUUACAGUAAAAGGUGGAGAAGAUAAUGAGGCCGGUUGUGAUAUUACAUUUAUAGUUGAGGUUACAGUAAACGUCACUUGCGUAAUUAUUGAUGGCAGAUUCGAUGCUAUCGAAGCGAAUUCGCUUGUGAUUUUCGAUAUCGAAGAGAAUUCGUUUGAACACACAGACAGCGAUGAGUUUACCCAAUGUCUUUAUCUGACUGAGUAUCUGAUGACAUUAUCGAAUCAAUAA